AUGGAUGAAUGUAAACCUAUCAAGACUCCAGGAAUAUUGAGUGAAAAUCUUGAUGACAUAGCGUCUUCACCACUUGUGCCGAAGACAAAAUAUCAAGAAAACAUUAGGUUCAUUGAUAAUGUGAAAAAAACCUCUAAGAUGGGUAUCUUCAACCGCAAAAAGGAGAUAAAUUAUGUUGAAGAAGAAGAAGGGCUUUUCGAAACACAAGAAGAUUCAUCCGACAGUGACAUACCCGAUUUAACAGAUGCGUCGCUUUCUCUUCCAUACUCCAAAAUAAUUGACCAAUGUGUGGCAUUUGACGAUCCUAAUCUGAAAAGGCUGCUUCCUAGUUGCCAUCUCCGUCUUACUGUUCAGGACGUGUACAUGAAAGGAAAGAAGAUCUGGUAUUUAUUAGAAUUGGAGCACGGAAGUUUCAAGUGGUUCCUGAAGAAACGAUUUCGAGAGGCCUUGUACUUGCAUCAUCAGCUCCAAAUGCUCAGAGCACUUUGGACAAUACAGUUGCCGGAAAUAAGGUUAAGUUUUCAUAAAGUCAUUAAAGUUUUCAUGGAACAGACUGAAAUGAAGUACAAAUGCUCUACUAAAGCUGCUAUGGAGAAUUACUUAAAGAGCCUUCUUAAAAUUCCUUGUUUCAGAAAUGCCCAGGAUACUCUGGAAUUUCUGGAAAUUGGACCGUUGUCUUUUGUAGAAGAUUUGGGACCUAAAGGUAAAGAAGGAUAUGUCUGGAAGAGAUGUUGUUAUCAAGAUACUGGAUUCGGCUUAUUUGACAGCUUAUGCUUGAACGGUUGCACUUUCUGGAAGAAGCGGUGGCUCUUCCUCAAGGAAAAUUUUACGGCUCUUAUGAAUAAUACCAAUGGACAGCUGGAUGGUGUUCUGCUGUUAGAUAGGGCUUUCAGAGUGUUCGUGGACAAGAGAGCAGCAAGGUCGAAAGAUGGCAUCAUAAUACAGAAUUUGAACAAGAAACUGUACCUGCGAUGCGAGAAUGAACACCAGGCUGAAGACUGGGCCGCAGAAAUCAACUACGUCUUGAACGGUUUUCAAGCCGAUUUCGUCAGGAUGAACAGUUAUGGUUCUUAUGCACCUUCACGUUCUCUAUCCAAGUGCCGAUGGAUCGUGGAUGGAGCCACUUAUUUCGAGGCAGUUGCCGAAGUGCUGGAGAAGGCGCAGGAAGAGAUUUUCAUCACUGACUGGUGGUUGACUCCCGAAAUUUACCUAAAAAGGCCCACAGUACAAGGUCAUUACUGGCAACUUGAUUACCUGCUCAGGAGGAAAGCACGCAGUGGAGUUCGAAUUUAUAUUUUGCUGUAUAAGGAACUGGAAUUAGCUUUGGGUAUCAAUAGCUUCCAUUCCGAACAGAAACUAAUUAGGAUGCACAAGAACAUCAAGGUUCUUCGUCAUCCCGAUGUUAAAAAAGGAAUACUACUGUGGGCACAUCAUGAAAAGUUGGUCUGCGUGGACCAGACCUAUGCCUUCGUUGGGGGACUUGACCUCUGUUAUGGACGAUGGGAUGACUACCAACAUAGGCUAAGUGAUUUUGGAGAUUUCGAAAAGAAACUGAAAAUUCUACGGCACAUGUCUACGACCUCUCCGAAUGACAUUUCGGCCAAUCAUAGAAUUAGAAAAACUAGUUCCCUCCCUCAUCUAUCAGCAGAAGAGAUUCAGAUCGCGGAAAGCAGUACAAAGCCCAGUCAAAUACCGAAAUUCAAAACGAUUGUCAGAAAACUGCAAGUUGCCAAAGAGUUUGGAAGACUGCAGCAAACGUUGGCGACAGAGCUGAAGGACACGAAGGAUGAGACGGAAACAGUAUUGCCCAAUCUUAUACCAGCUGAUCGCCGUCGUACCAUCCAGCAGAUGGCUCUUAUAGCUUUAGGAAUGGAACGUAAGUUUCGCUUGUGGCACGGGAAGGACUAUGUUAACUUCAUCUGUAGGGAUUUCGAAAAUUUGCAUCAGCCUUACGCAGACAUCAUUGAUCGCAAGACAACACCUCGCAUGCCCUGGCACGAUAUCGGAUUGUUUGUGCAAGGAGAGCCAGCUCGAGACAUCGCCAGGCAUUUUAUCAUCCGCUGGAAUCAAGCAAAGGAAGAAAUCUGUCCUGAAGAUUUCACUUAUCCUUACCUCAUGCCGAAAGCUUAUGCCAAAUUUAAUGAUAACACCUCUUCUUGGUUGUAUGACAUUAUCGGAACAAUCUACAGUGCAGAAUGCCAGGUGCUACGAAGCCUUUGCUUGUGGUCUGGUGGCAUUUCAGAAACAGAAAAUUCUAUCCAAGAAGCUUACAUUCAGGUUAUUCGCGAAGCAAAACAUUUCAUAUACAUAGAAAAUCAGUUCUUUAUCAGCCAACCCAGUGGUGAUAGAAAUGUACUUAAUGGAAUAGCUGAUGCUUUAUAUUACAGGAUACUCAAAGCCCACAGAAACCGCAAUCUGUUCAGAGUAUAUGUUCUACUUCCCCUUUUGCCGGCUUUCGAAGGAGAACUAGGUAAAGGGUCGGGCACCCUUAUUCAAGUCAUUACACACUGGAAUUACAAGUCUAUCUGCAGAGGGCCAAAUUCUCUGUACCAAAGACUUUCUUGCCAUAGUAAGUAA